AUGGCAGAGCCACCACCACCGUCGUCUCUCCAUCAUUUCGUAAGCCCAUCAUCAAAACAUCGAUCAUCAUCAUCGAGCAAAAGACACUCCUUCUCCGGACCUCAACAUCCAACAAUCAACCGUCUCUUCCCGUGUCAGUACUGUCCACGCAAGUUCUACACCUCUCAAGCUCUCGGCGGUCACCAAAACGCCCACAAACGCGAACGCGCAGCUGCUCGUCGUAACCUCGGCGUUGUUUCUCAUCAGCAUGCUCCUCCAAACAUCCUCGAUAACGACGCUACUUUCCUUCUUCCUUACCCAUGUAAUCUUUACCCUAACCCACUUCAGGUAUCGCCAUGGAGCGUACCUGAUCAACAGACGACGAUGAUGGUGAGUGGUGGUUACGAACCGUAUCCGUAUCCGUAUGGGUUUCCGUUUGAGGUUAGGGGAGUCAUGGAAGAAAGAGAAGACGAGCCACAGCUGGAUCUUUCUUUACAUCUCUGA